AUGGAGUUCGACGACGAGGAUGAGGACUUCUUCAACGACCCCGCACUGCACGCACAACUAGACCAGGACGAACAGAACGAACUCAACAGACUCAAGAGGCAGAUCGAGCAGAUCAGAACAGCACUCCAGCAGUCCGAUCGAGAGAAACUGCGACUCAAGGGCCAGGUCUCGAUCAUCAAAUCCCAGCUAGAAUCGACCAAGAGCACGACCGGCCAACAGCUCAAUGAGCUCAAGACGCUCGAACAGCAGCUCAAGACGCGUGCCGAACGGGCCGAGCACCAGCUGGCGAGGAUCGAGUCGCAGCGGAACCUGAAGGACACCUUCAAAGGGCUCGAAGAGUCGGCCAAGAAGCCGCACAUCCUGAACGCCUCGCGACAGCUUGCCCCAGGAUAUCCGACACUGAAGCCGGUCUUCGACGCACUGGUGAUCGACCUCUUCAGCGCCCUUGCGUCCGCCUCAGACCUUGACACCGAGCCGGACCUACUGGCAGUCAUGCUGGUACUGUUCGAUGGGCUUGACCGACUACGAACACCGCGUGACAUGCCGAGCCCGUCUUCCUCGGCCGACCCGGCCUCUCAACCCGGGCUCCCCGCUCUCUCGCAGAUCAAAAAGGACGCCCCUGGCGCCGCUACUGGUCUCUCCUCCCCCCGCCCCUUCAACCCCUGUCGCUUGCACACAGCAUUGUUGGACCUCCUCGCCGCGCUUGCUUGGGACCCUCCUGAGCCUUGCUAUCCCACUUUAGAAAGAUUUUUCAAGUCGCAUGGACCAUCAGUCUUCCAGUUCCUGUUAGUUGGCCCGCACUACCCCCAACACCAGGCCGGCGCAGGCUCAAAAGAAGAACAAGAUGAUGAUCUGAUCUUAACCGAGAAGUCGAUCGACGUGUUGCUCUCCCUAACGUCCAAGACUGAGUUUAGCAAGAUUAUCUUAGAAGCUCGUGUCCAUGAUUCUACCGGCCCCACGCCUUCGCAGCCGAACCCGACGAGCUCGACUUCGAACGCUCGUCAACAACAGCCGCAGAGAGCCAAGAGUGUCGGGUCGACCAACUCGCCCGCCAACCACCGGCGAUCGACGGCCGCAGCUCCACCGGUUGAUCCGCCGAAAACGGCUGAACAGCGGAGCGAGGGGAGUGGGAGUGGGAUGACGGUUGUGGACCGGCUGUUGAAGGUGUUUCUUCUGGCGGCGACGAACCUCCCUGGCGCGACGGCGGAUGACCCGGACCGUCACGGACUCAAGGUCAAGAUCCUCUGCCUGCUCCAUCUGCUCGCCAUCAAUCAUCAUCGUCAGCACCAGCCGUCGGCGGACGACCUUGCGGGGGCUGAAUGGACCGGGUGGAAGGCACUCGAGUCCGCUGGCUCCUGCCUUUUUUCCGUCCUCCUUAAGACCAUCUUCGUCGACUCCUAUCGGCUCUGGAACGUCGACGGAGCCGUUGGCCAUCGGCAGCUCGUCCCCAGAUACGUCGAGCGCAUUACGUUGUCCGUCCAGAUCAUCCACAAAUCUGUCUUCCCCCAAUCUUCUUCAUCCUCUUGCUCAUCACCAAGGACCCCACUGAACCUGGUGCACCGAAUCAAACAAGAAUCACCCGUCUUCCUAUCCACGCUCUCCUCGCUUCCCUUCGCUAAACUCGCAUGGCUCGACUACCUCACCCCCUCAGCCAACACGUCGUUCCCCUUCCCGUGGGAUCCCGAUUAUCGCCACUUCGCGCCCAUGUUUAAUCAACUUCUACCCAGACAUCUUUUCCCAAAACUCGACCUCAUGGCUGACCUGGCUUUUGAUGUCCUUUCCUCUUUCGCCUCGCCCGACGAACUCGACGAAUGGAAACAAUGCGCACUCGACGACGAUGACGAAGAUGAAGAGGAUCCCUCGGAUAACGAAAAUGGCGAGGAUCAUCGACGCGCGUGA